UCACAGUAGUGGACAGGUUUUCCAAGAUGGUCAGGUUCAUAGCUUUGCCCAAGCUUCCUUCAGCUAAGGAAACGGCUGAAAUUAUGAUGGCAAAUGUCUUUAGGAUCCACGGGUUCCCACGGGACAUAGUGUCAGACCGGGGGCCCCAGUUUGUGUCAAGCUUUUGGAGGGAGUUUUGCCGGCUCAUCGGAGCUACAGCCAGUCUGACCUCGGGAUACCACCCGGAGGCUAACGGCCAGACCGAGCGCCUUAACCAGGAGCUGGAAACCGGCCUCCGCUGCCUAGUGUCCCAGAACCCGUCAACAUGGAGCAAACACCUGGUCUGGACAGUGAACCAGAGAGCUCGGUUCCUUCCGCCUAUGCUCUGCUACGCCGCUGCCGGCGAAUCUGGGCAGCCGCCAAGCAAGUUUUGAUCCGCCAGGGGAAUCGGGUCAAGACAGCUGCUGACCGCAGGAGGAGGCCAGCUCCGGUCUACCAGCCAGGCCAGAGGGUCUGGCUAUCUGCCAAGGACCUCAACCUCAAGGUCUCCUCUAGGAAGCUGGCACCGCGCUUCGUGGGUCCUUUUCCUAUCACCCAGGUUGUUAAUCCCGCCGCUGUUCGUCUUCGCCUGCCUCGUUCUCUCAAAGUUCACCCCACGUUCCAUGUCAGCCAGGUCAAACCCGUCCGGGAAAGUUCCUUGGUCCCUGCGGUCCCUCGGCCUCCUCCUCCGGAGAUGGUGGAUGGGGGGCCAGUGUACAAGGUUAAGCGGUUGCUGGCUGUACGGAACCGGGGCCGUGGUAAACAGUAUUUGGUGGAUUGGGAGGGUUAUGGCCCGGAAGAUCGCCUAUGGGUCCCCUCUCGCCACAUUAUAGACAGGACUCUUAUCGUGGACUUUCACCGAGACCAUCCAGGUCAGCCUGGGCCGUCAGGUGUCGGCCCUAGAGGGGGGGGUACUGUCACACAGCGGUGAGGUAUUGUCUCGUUUUGGUUUUAUGUCUCGUCAUUUCUUGUUUUAUUUUGAAA